ACCCUGAUGGACCUUUCUACUGCUGUUACUACUGGCCCACCACCACCAAAUACACACUUCCAGCACUACGCUUAUCGAUUAUACAGUGCCGCACAAAAAUUUCUUAGCGCCCGCCAUCCACCUAAGAACCCCGCCAAACUUUUCGGUCGACUGUCGCCUACACGCCGAACUUGACUUGUAAACUCCAGCAAAUUUCUCCAGAAAUUAUUUUUCCGAAACUUUCGCUUGCUUAACAGCCGUAAUUUUCAUCGGCAAUCCUGGAGUCAUUACCUUUCCGCUUUAAAGCUGGUGGCCAAGGCAAGAUGCCUGCCCCUGCAACACAUUCCCAUCGGCCUACCACCAAGGUUUCCCACAAGGCUUUCAAGUCCAAGGCUGCCUCCAAGCAUGAGCUGAGAGACCGUGCCAAAGGCAAGGUUCCCAACGAGCGAGGCCAGCGCAAGACACCGCACCAACAAGUCAUGUCGAAACUCGACCGUCGCAACCAGGCCAAGCAGGCCCGUAUCACCAAGCACAAGGAACACCUCAAGGGUACCUCUGUAUUCACCGGAAGAGAAGGUGCUCCCAGAAUCGUCGCUGUCAUCCCUCUCUGCGAAGACGGAGACGCUGGUGCCGCCAUCAAGCAGCUCAACGAGAGUGUCGAUAUCGAUGCCGAGAUUCGGCCCGGAAACUUCAAAGUAUCCAUCGACCGAUUUAAACAGAAGCUCCAAUACGUUCCUGUCAAGCGAGACCUUAAUGCCUGCAUGGACGCUGCCCGUGUGGCCGACUUUGUCAUGGUUGUUCUCUCAGCCACCGUGGAAGUCGACGCUCUAGGUGAUUUGAUCCUCCGUGGUGUUGAAAGCCAGGGUCUGUCUACUCUGUUUACUGUUAUUCAGGGACUGGACAAGAUUGAGUCUGUCAAGCAGCGCCCUGGAGUUGUCAGCUCGCUCAAGUCCUUCAUUACUCACUUCCACCCCGAACAAGACAAGCUCUACAGCCUCGACAACAGACAAGAAUGCGCCAACCUCAUGCGCUCCCUUUGCAGCACAACACCCAGAGGUGUCCGAUGGAGAGACGAGCGCAGCUGGAUGCUCGCUGAGGACGUCAAGUUUGCCACAAACGACUCCGAGUCCACUGUCAUCACUGGUGUUGUCCGUGGCCGUGGACUCAAGGCCGACAGACUGAUUCAGGUUGGAGACUGGGGUACCUUUCAGAUUGAAAAGAUUGUCGCAGCGCCAGUGCCUACACAUGCCAAGAAGGCCGAUGAUAUGGCUACUGAGGAGGCCGAAGAAGUCUUGGACCAAGCCACGGAGGAUCUCGAUGACCUUGACGAGCUUGCCCCCGAAGAAAUCAUGAUGGGAGAUGAGGACGACGAUGCCAUGGCCGAGGAGGCAUCCGCAAAGAAGGGUGUUCUCUUGGACGACCACCACUACUUCUCCGACGACAACGACCCCGCCAAGCAGCCCAAGAAGAAGCUCCCCAAGGGCACAUCCGCCUACCAGUCUGCCUGGUACCUCGACGACGUAUCCGACUCUGGCUCCGAUAUGGAGGACGACGUGGAAAUGGGAGACGACACCGAGGAUGUUGCCGCUCCCGAAGAUGGCCUUGAAGGCCGUGCCCAGCCCGAGCCCACCGAAGGCGCGCCCUCCGAAUACCCCCAGUCCGAGAUGAUGCAGGAGCUCGAUGAGGAAGACGACGCCGCCCAGCUUGCCGAAUACCGUGCCCGCAAACGCGACGAGGCCCUCGACGAUCUCGAAUUCCCCGAUGAGAUUGAGCUGCACCCCAACGUGUCCGCCCGCGAGCGCCUCGCCCGCUACCGUGGUCUCAAGAGUCUGCGCACCAGUGUCUGGCAGGAAGAUGAAGACCGCGCCCACGAGCCCGAGGAGUGGCGCAGACUUCUCCAGAUUCCCGACUACGCCGCGUCCAAGUCUCGCGCUACUCGUGAGGCUCUUGUCGGCGGUGUCGAGCCCGGCACCAGAGUGCAGGUGUUCAUCAAGGGCAUCCCUGCCGAGACAGCGGCGUCUUACAAGCCCGAGAUGCCCGUCACACUCUUCUCGCUGUUCCGCCACGAGAACAAGAAGACGGCCGUCAACUACCUCAUCAACAUGGGCACCGACUAUGCCAAGGCCAUCAAGUCCAAGGAGGAGCUCAUUGUCCAGUGCGGCCCUCGCCGCUUCGUCAUCAACCCUCUCUUCUCCAACAUGGGCACGACGCCCAACAACGUCCACAAGUACGCUCGCUACCUGCACCCUGGCAGCUCGGCCAUUGCUACCUUCAUGGGCCCUGUAACAUGGGGUUCUGUGCCCGUUUUGUUCUUCAAAAGAACUGCGCCGGGUGAGGUCCUCAGCGAAGGUGACUUGCCUAGCGCCGGUCUGACGCUUGUUGCUACUGGUACAGCACUGCCCCCGUCUACUUCCCGUGUCAUUGCCAAGCGAAUCAUCCUUACUGGCCACCCGUACCACAUCCACAAGAAGGUUGUCACUAUCCGCUACAUGUUCUUCAGCAGAGAGGAUGUCGAGUGGUUCAAGGCCAUGCCGCUCUGGACGAGACGCGGCCGCAGCGGUUACGUCAAGGAGGCUCUUGGUACGCACGGUUACUUCAAGGCCACAUUUGACGGCAAGAUUAACCCCCAGGAUUCUAUCGGUGUCAGUCUGUACAAGCGUGUCUGGCCGCGCAAUGCUGUGCCGGUGCAAGGACCUCUUUUGGAAAUCGAGGAGCAGACUCAGGCUCAGGCCGAGGAUGGCACUCAGGAUAUGGAAAUUUCAUGAUCAAACGAAAAGUUUAUAUAGAUUUUGUUUACGCAGUAUGAUGAGGGCACAAAAUGCAUUUCUUUCUUCUUUUUCAGUUCACCUUUCCGCUUUCCUUUGGAACAUAACGCCAUGGAGACUGUGAAUUUUUGACUAGGCACUGGGGUUCUCCAGCUUCUCAAUUCCCUCGGUAGGUCUCGGUCCGCCUUGUGUUCUUCUCUCCUCUUCAGCGCCGCUGGCCUUCCAUGCGCUCAGGAUCAAGUUGACAAUGUGAUCCAUGCCGACACCCUUCUUAACCUGGGCAAAGACUGUAGGGCCGCCCUCUCGCAUCUUCCUGGCGUCUCGCUCCAUAACACUGAGGUCGGCGCCAACAGCCUCCGCAAGAUCCGUCUUGUUUACAAUAAGCAAGUCGCUCUGUGUGAUACCAGGGCCACCCUUACGAGGGACCUUGUCGCCGCCGCUGACAUCGAUAACGUAGAUGAUAAAGUCGGCCAGCUCGCGGCUGUAGUUGGCAGCCAGAUUGUCGCCACCGGAUUCAAUAAGAAGAAUAUCGGCCGAGAACUCACGGUGUAGGUCUUCCAGAGCAGCCAGGUUAGCGGAUAUAUCUUCGCGGACAGCGGCGUGGGGGCAGCCGCCGGUCUCGAUGGCUCGGAUGCGCUCGGGAGGCAGGGCCGCAUGGCGAGUGAGGAACUCGGCAUCCUCGCGGGUAAAGAUGUCGUUUGUUACAGCGGCGAGUGAGUAUUCCUUUCGCAGGGUUAGGCAGAGCUGGAGCAUCAGCGCCGUCUUGCCUGAGCCGACGGGUCUGUCUCUGUGUUAGACAAGCAACUGGUGCAAUGGGUAAAUCCCCAAUAGAUCAAAACAUACCCGCCAAUGCCAACCGUAAAGGCUCUGUCGGACCAUUCACGGCCCUCGACAAUAGGCAUCUCUCUGCCGACGUAGCUUCCUGGGCCGUCGAGGAUUUCGUGCGAGUGGCCGUGCUCUUGGGCAUUGAAGCCGCCGUCGUGUGAGUGUGAGACGCCCUCGUGAGAAUGAGACAUGAUGCUCGAGUGCGCUGGGGGAAUUCGGGGAUUGAAGAUUUACUACGGCUAAAAAGAACGCAGCUGUUAGUGAAAGAGGGGGAAAGCUGCAGCUGCGGGAGACUCGUUCUGGCAAGU